AUGCCAUUGACGGGAAAUAAAUACCCAGGGAACAUUAAAGAAAAACCAGAAAGAGACAGAGAAGAUAGAGACCCAGAGACAGAUAGAGGAGUGGACAGUCAGCUGGAGCACCUGGUAGACUACGUGACGGAGCGGCUCAAGUCUUCGACAAAGACCCCGGAUGUUCCUCGAGAGAGACGAGUCCACUACUCCAAACACAGGACGCGGUGCGGCGCGCCGUCUGUCAAUCGCAGGUCCUUUUCUGAAGAAGAGUGGGACAAGUUCUUACGAGAAAAUGAUGGCUUCCCUCUGCCUUCAACGGACGACGAAGUCAAACACUUUGAUGAAGAAGUUUUCGUCGGGUCAGAAGUUCCACGGGUGGAAAUUAUGCCGAGUCCACGAUGUCAAAGGUCGAGGUCAAGUUCAGUACCCGAAUUUCGAAGCAUGUCAUCAUCGUGUGCAGCUCUUAAGGCGAAGUUGCAAAAACUUCCAGCUCCAUCGAAGCCGAAGUUUUUCGAGAAACUCAUCACAGGAGUGGGACUGUCGAGAAGGGCAGACGACAAGGAGACUCGUCAUGACCUCAUUCCUCGCGGCGACAGAUACUUUCCAACAGAGGAAAACGCUACCCAGACGUCUGCUGCAGACGAUGGCUAUUCUGUUGGACUAAACCCGCAGUACCGUGCAGGAGGAGUUUUACAGCUAGAGGGUGCCGAAGGUUUACACACAGCCUCUUGUGAUUCGGAUGACUUGGACUUUCCUGACGAUGAGUGCAGUUCGCCCGAGGGAACAGUGACGCCCACCAAUACCUCACCGAGCCAUCGGUCUCCGACAACCCCUCCUUUCAGACGGACCUGGUGCACCCCAACUUCACCGCUCAUUUCAGGCUUCGUCAAACAGCAGUGUGUUAAUUUUCAUAAGCUGUGCAGUGAGACUCAGGAAAAUGUGUUGCUCUGUCGGCAGACGUCAAAAAGUAAAACCGCGUACACCCAGUCGGCUCCUACAUCCCCGUGCAUUGAGAGCAAGUCGUUCUGUACCUACUACUCCCAGAGACACCGCAUCGACAGGUGCAACCAAGUGUUCAAAACCUGCUACAACGUCUCACGGGAGGGACGAUUAGUCAUGUCGAAGGGAUACGUUAAAACGCUGGUCGAACAGAUGGACAGUUCGAAAUUUAAAAAAAAUGAGGAUAAUGUAAAAAACUUGGAAAAUGCAUCUCCUGUUGUGGUAAAGGAUAAGAAGGACCCUGACAAUGGAGUACAUUCGUCUGUCGGUCAGUCCAGCAGACAGCAGACUUCUAGUCCUUCAGCAGGAAUGUCCAGAACUCUCAAACCAAAACCAGCUUUUGAUCGGUCGAAGAAACCAAAUCUCAACAAAAUUAAAAACAAAACAGUAGAUGUUGAACAGUCGAGUUCGGCUAUUCAAAUUCAAAAGAACGGUAACGCUGGAUUGGAUAAACUUGAAAUAAAUAAUUCUUCCUCCGAGGUUGACUCGGGUUUCGGUCUGAGCGACGGUCCCGGGCCCUCGCCGCUGAGUCCAGCGGAACUGUUCGACUCGAGCUGGUCUGAUUCGGAUAAGAGUUUCGAUGACUUCAGUGAGUCGGAUAUAGAUAUGGAAUACCAGCGGGCUCUCAAGGUGGAGGACCUAGAGAUAGCACCGCCUGAUGUUGUUCCUACUCCUACUGUUGACGACAACAAGCCUUUAGACAAACAGUACAGAAUAGCUGAUGAACUGUUCAGAACGGAGAAAGAUUAUGUCAGCCGCCUGCAUUUAGUUCAUCAAGUUUUCCAUUUUAAAAUUACGAUGAGGAACCGACAGGAGAACUUCAUUCCUGACGAAGUGAUCACGAAGAUGUUCCUAAGCAUCGAAAGUAUUUACCAGUUCCACCACGACUUCCUGCUUCCACAGCUCGAGGACAGGAUGAAGAAUUGGAGCAGUAAGCCAUAUAUAGGAGACCUGAUGAAGAAAAAUGCACCAUUUCUGAAACUGUAUACAGACUAUGUGAAAAACUUUGACUGUUCUAUGAAUCUGAUAAACACGUGGCAGCAAAAAUCUAAGAAAUUCACGGCUAUAAUCAAUGAAAUACAGAAAGAACCAGAGUGUGGAAGUCUGACGUUGCAACACCACAUGCUGGAACCCAUUCAGAGAGUGCCUAGAUACGAAAUGUUGUUGAAAGACUAUAUUAAACACAUACCACAAGACUCGCAAGAUCAUCGGGAUUCAAAAGUUGCUCUUGAAUUAGUCACCACAGCCACGAAACAUUCCAGUGAAGCCAUGAGGAAGAUAGAAAAGUUUAAAAAACUUCUUGAAAUCCAUCAACGGUUACGAGGGAUCCAUGUUGAUUUCAUCAACCCGACCAGAGAACUGCUUUGUGAGGGACCAGUCACCAAAAUAUCAGCCAGAAGUGGAGAAAAACAAAUCAGAUAUCUAUUUUUAUUCAACGACAUGUUGUUGAUUUGCAGUGAACUCUUGUUGAAAACAUAUAAAGUUAGGUCACAGCUGGACAUUGAUGGCAUGAAGAUGAAAUCAGGUGAAAAUCCAAAUUCCUUCUGUGUUGAAAGCAAGCAAAAAGUUAUAGAGAUGCUUGAUCUGGAGAAUCAAGCUGGUGAAAAAUCAAAUUGGAAAGAGUCAAUAAAUCAAGCAAUUCUUGACCUUGAGUACAAAAAGCAGUUGUUGAAAAGCAGAAAAGAACUGACACAAAACUCUGAGCCAUUGCCUUCGGACUCCUGGCUGGGUACACGUGCACCACAGUGGGUGGCUGAUGACCAGGCGACGUACUGUAUGGUUUGUGACAAGGGAUUCUCAACUCUCAGAAGGCGUCACCACUGCCGGGCCUGUGGCUGGGUUAUAUGUAACAAGUGUUGCCGCAGUGCUCCGCUGGCGUAUCUAGAUAACAAACUGGAUCGAGUGUGCACGAAAUGCUACUCUGUGUUGGUCCAUGCAUCGGAGGACAACGAGUCGUCCCACAAAGGAACGACUAAACCUGGAAACGGCAUCUUACAGGUUGAGGCGGAAGAUGCUGCUGUGUUGUCUGGCUACUUAUCAAUGAGUCCAGACAAAGGCCGGACGUGGAUGAAGCGAUGGUUUUCGGUCCAUGAAGAUUUUGUCAUGUACUCUUUUAAAGGAAACAAGGACAAGUCUGCCCUCUCAUCUCUUCCGUUGCCGGGUUACAUUGCUGAGAAAGCUUCAGCCAAAGACACAGACAAGAGCUAUGUGUUUAAACUGAAACACAAGGACAAGACUGUCUUUCUUUUCCAGACUGACAACGAAAAGCAUAUGAAACGAUGGAUCAGUGUUCUUGAGAAGCUGGUCCAGCUCGAGAUCCCCGAGGACGGAAAGCGUUUUUCUUCGCAGUCAGGUGCAAGUAACUCCAGCAGCACGGACACCACCGACGACAGCAAUGACCUCGACAAUACAGGAACCGGUGUUGGUGACGGCAAUCCUGCCAAUCUACACGUGGCAGACGGGAACAAACUGGGUCAGGACAGUGACAUUACAAUGGCCGACAGUGCUGGGAGUGUGGCUGGAAGUGUUGCCGGGAAUGUGACUGAGAAUGUGGCUGGCAGUGUUGCUGGGAAUGUGGCUGGCAGUGUGGCUGGCAGUGUGCCUGGCAGUGUUGCUGGGAAUGUUAACAGUGAUGCUCAGAAGUCGUCCCAGGCUUGAGAGGCAACAUCAUCAGUAUCUCAUAGUGUUAAUGACGGCGGGAAAGACUGAUCUUCUUCCUUAUAAUGGUUUUCCUUAGCCACAACUUAAAAGUUGGAGCACUUGUUUCUUAACAACUUUUAAAGUUAUGAAUAUCUGAUGGUAUUAAUGAAACAGCUUUUUCUUUUGAUAAUGUCAUGAAAAGUAUAUAUAUUUUUUCUUAGCAAUGAUUCAAUCAUAGAGUGUGUUUUCCUUAAUAAUAACUUGAAAGUCUUCAUGAAUACCUGAUGGUGUUAAUAGAAUAUUUUCUUUAAUAAUGUUAUAAAAGUUCAAUAAUUUUUUCUUAUAAUGACUUUGAAGUCAUCAUCAGUAUUUGGUGGUGUUAGGAGAAUAGCUUUUCAAUAAUAAUAGUUUGAAAGUCACGAAAAUGCUUUUCCUUCUGUGAUGACUCAAGUCAUGAUUGUGUUAAUAAAGCAUAUUUUUUAAAUUAAUAAUAUGACUAAAACAACUCUUUUCCUUCAUUUGAAAGUCAGUGUUAAAGAUUCUGACAGUAAUUUGUAGUUAAUACUAUAUUUAAUGUACUACUAGAGAGAUAUCACCUCUGUAUAAAGUCACUAUUCUAAAACAUUUGGUAAAUAGACCUGUAUCACAUUCCAAUUGCACAUACCUGACAUCUGUGAGAACUCGUAACUUCUGUGACAAAUACCAGGGACAUUACACUUCACGUAUGUGCAAAUGAAACGUGAAAUAUGUCUUUCUUUUCUAUGUGGAACAUGCCCAAUGAGUAUCAACACAACAAGUACUGAUCAUUUCAACAAUCUGACAAUUGGCAGAGAACAUCCAAAAUACAAUUAUUAGACCUUAAAUUGUCAUAAUACAGAUCAGUCAUAUUUCUACAGACUAUUAUUAUAACUUGCAUAGAAGACCUCAAAACCUGACGGCUUUACAAAAUGUCUUCCAUAUUUUGUCUGCUUAACUACAUGUAUGCAUGGAUUAGUAAAAUGAUAGAAUUCGUUAAUAGCUAGGUCUGUUUAAACAUCGGCUACUACGUAGUAAUAGUCAAUACUGUAAAUCAUGAAAUUAAUUUGAGCAAGAUAUUAAUGUGAAAAAAAAAUGUGUCUGAUGUAUAGGCACAAUACUUAGUUGAAGCAUUAUAUGUUUAUAAAAUAUAUUGUGUGUAUUAAAAUGAAAGUGCUAUUUUAUGUCAUUAGAAAGUAAUCAUGUACUAAACAUCAUUAUAUAACAUUUAGUGAAAUAUUUUUGAAAAUCACUGAAAUAAAAGUGUUAUCAGUCACUCGGAAAAUUUCACUAUUUCACUCUAAAAUGUGUUAUCGUCACUG